AUGCCGAUGGCUACUGCGACGCCGUUGCCUUCGGGCGUAAGUCCCCCUCUUACGACGGAUAAUGAUGAUAAUCAUGGCGGGUUGGUGGUGAUUAUGACUUCAUUGGCGUUGGUGUUGGUACUGGCUUCUCUGGCGGCUCGCAUAUACUCUGCAAGUCAGAGACAUAUCUUCCAACGAGAUGAUCUUCUCUUUGGUAUUCUUGUGAUCGUGGCAUUUCUCCAGAUAGCAGUUGUGUAUUCUCAGGUUCACCAAGGCUGGGGAGUUCGAUCAGAGUUUCUCACAGUUACAGACGAGUCAAUGCUCAAGACGGCAUACGCGGCGGAUAUUCUCUCCGUCCUUGUCCUGGGAUUUUCAAAAAUCACCUCCUGUCUAUUCUAUGAGACUCUUUUCUCGCAAAUGAAUCUCCGGCUUAUUCGGAGCAUUCUUGGUAUGAUGGUUACUUGGACGAUUUUGUCGAUUAUUCUACUGGCCGUUCGCUGCAGCGACAAACCGUGGUACGACAUCAGUGAUGCUCAAUGUAGCAGCUUGUUUGCCCGCUGGAUCGCGAUUACAGUCUUCGAUAUCCUGACUGAGGUCUUGCUCUUUCUAUAUGCUGGACUUGCAAUCCACAAGAUCCAGAUAUCCCUGCAAAAGAAGCUGAUGGUGGGGGUCACCCUGGAGAGCCGCAUCCUCCUGAUCCCCCUCGCCGGCAUCCGACUAUACUACGUAAACAAACAAGUCGUCUCAGACGACCCAAUCCUCCUCGGAGCAUACUCCACAGUCACAACCGAGAUCUACAUCGCCAUCAGCGUCGUCUGCCUCAUAUCCGCAUUCCUAAAAUCUUUCAUCGCAGUCUUCGAGGAUAAGAAUGGCCUUUCUUAUACGGACGGGACGUCUGGGUCGAAGCCUAAAUCGAAACAAUUCGCUUCAGGAAAUACUGCGUCUGCGUCUGCAUCGGCGUCGAAUAAAAUGGGCCCACAUAGCUCGGCGAGUGCGGAUCGGUUGAGGGGGUGGGAGAGAGAGGAAGAUCCGAUUAUCGAUCAGGCUGAUGGGCGGGGGUUGCAGAUUUUGAAAACGGUGCAUUUGGAUGUGCGGGAUGAAUCUAUAGAGUUGGCUGAGCAGGGGAUUGCGGGUCCGAGUUCACCUGGAUGA